CAAAGUGACAAUAUUUUGACAUUAGGAAGUUUAGAGAGAAACGGAACGUAUGUUUUUGAAAAAUGGCGACAGCACUUGUUAGUUCGUCUCGUCAGGUGGGGAGGCUAACAAAUGCUGUGCGACGGCUGUAUUCAGAUGUUUAUCCCAAGAUAACCACCCAUUAUACAAUUCAUCCCCGCGACAAAGAUCCAAGAUGGAAAGAUAUAAGCAUGGAGCGAGUGGCGGAGGAGACAGAUAUCCUCAUCAUAGGAGGUGGUCCGGCCGGAAUGGCUGCCGCUAUCAGAGCACGGCAGAUUGCAGAGGAAAAGGGGGCUGAAGUUAGAGUGACACUACUAGAGAAGGCAGCAGAAGCUGGUGGUCACAUCCUAUCCGGAGCCUGCGUCGACCCGGUAGCUCUGAAUGAGCUGAUACCUGACUGGAAAGACAAAGGGGCCCCCGUGAAUACACCUGUGACUUCCGACAAGUUUGGACUGUUGACGAAGAGUGGGAGGAUUCCCAUACCCGUGUUCCCUGGUUUACCAAACUACAACCAUGGUAACUAUGUUGUGAGACUGGGGCAUUUGGUGAGAUGGAUGUCAGAACAGGCAGAGGCAGUAGGUGCUGAGGUGUGGCCAGGUUGUGCUGGUGCAGAGCUACUCUAUCGUGAUGAUGGCUCACUCAAGGGUGUGGCCACGGGGGAUGUGGGCAUAUCAAAGGAUGGGAGCCCCAAGGAUAUGUUUGAGCGAGGCAUGGAGUUCCACUCCAAGGUCACCAUAUUUGCUGAAGGAUGCCACGGACAUUUAACAAAGAUGGUGUCCAAUAAAUACAACCUUAGAGAGAAGAGUGAGCCGCAGUCGUAUGGGAUAGGGUUGAAGGAGUUGUGGGAAGUUAAGCCAGAGAAUCACAAACCCGGUUUAGUAGAACACACCAUAGGUUGGCCCCUAAACAAGAACACAUAUGGGGGGUCGUUUAUUUACCAUUUGAAUGUGGAGGAGGGGGAAUCUCCAUUGGUGGCGGUAGGGUUUGUGGUGGGCUUGGACUAUGUGAAUCCAUACAUCAGCCCCUUCAGAGAGUUCCAGAGGUUUAAAACGCAUCCAUACGUUAAACCUAUGUUUGAAGGUGGUACCCGCAUAGCAUAUGGGGCCAGAGCGCUGGUGGAGGGGGGUUGGCAGUGCCUGCCAGUGCCUGUAUUCCCGGGGGGUUGCCUGGUGGGGGACACUGCUGGUUUCCUCAACGUGCCCCGGAUCAAGGGGACGCAUAAUGCCAUGAAGAGUGGUAUGCUGGCGGCGGAGACGGCAGUGGACAUGGUGCUAUCUGGGGCGGCGACACACGAGACUGGCGCUACUCCCACUGAAUACGAAGAGAAACUCAAACAGUCUUACGUCUAUAAAGAGUUGAAGCAAGUCCGCAACUGUCGCCCGUCUUUCCACACUUCUCUUGGGCUGUACGGAGGCGUAGCUUACUCCGCGUUUUCCACACUCGUGCGCGGAAAAGAACCCUGGACCUUGAGCCACGGGGGUGCUGAUCACUCGAAAUUGAAACCAUCGAAGGACUUCCAGCCCAUCGAGUAUCCAAAGCCCGAUGGUGUUUUGACUUUCGAUUUGCUCUCGUCUGUGGCUUUAACUGGAACGAACCACGAAGCGGACCAGCCGGCUCACUUGACCCUCAAAGACGACUCGGUGCCAGUCAAGAGGAACCUCGCCGUAUUCGACGGACCCGAAGCGAGGUUUUGUCCAGCUGGAGUAUAUGAAUUUGUGCCGUUAGAGACGGGAGAUGGACAGAGGUUACAGAUCAACGCACAGAAUUGUAUUCACUGUAAAACCUGCGACAUAAAGGACCCCUCACAGAACAUCAACUGGGUGGUGCCUGAAGGAGGCGGCGGCCCUGCCUAUAAUGGAAUGUAAACUAAUAACAAACAUAGUGUUUAUAUAUAUAUAUACUUACACGAUCAAACUUCAUACCAUAGCUGACACAGCAAAUAUAUUUGAUAUAUAAAUUGAUUUCAUACAAAAAUACUAUAAAAUGAGGGUAGAAUGGUAAAAAUACUUUGUGUUGUUCUAUUCUCAUGUACUUACCAAAUAUACAAAAGAGAACCAUCAAAAUCGGUCAAGUCUUUUUGAGUGCGACCACAAGCACCGUUUCAGAUUUUUGUAUAUUAAAUUGCCUCUUCGGUUUACUAUCAAUAGAUGGCGUUUUAGAUGGUAUUUAAAAUCAGUAAAUCAAAUAAUCGUGUAAGUAUAAAAGUAAAGGUAGGUAGGUAAUAAAAUUUUCAAAAUAAAUAUGUCACAUUAUUUGAUAAUUAAUAUAAUUAUAAUAUUACAAUAAAUCAUUAAUUUGUACUAUUGAAAUGAGAUACCAACCACGAUGAGGUACCAAUGUGCUUGGGCCAAUAAUAGAUGGCGCUGCUAUGACGUUUUGCGUUCAGCCAAUCAGAUGGCGCGUCUGUGUGAGCGAGAUUUGUGAUUGGUUGAAAUUAAUUACCAUUGUAGCCGUUCAAGUAACGCCAUCUAGUGAGCGAAUACUCUGUAGCUCCCAUUCCUAUUUGGCAACUAAAUAUUUAUGUUAAGUGAAAUAUAUUAUUUUUAUUGUUUGAUUAAUAAUAUAAAAUGCUUGUAUGUGAGUAUAUAAUAAAUAUACUUUUUUACUUUAAUAUUAUAAAAAAGUGAAGUUUAUGGUACUGUAGAGGGUAAUCUCUAGAUCUACUGAACCGAUUUUAUAAAUUCUUUUACCUUUAGUAAGCCACGUUAUUUGUGAGUGUCAUAGGCUAUACACUAUCACCUUGUUCUCACGGGAACGGGAACUACGCUGAUAAUACCGCAUAACGCCGGUUAGUAUUCCUAUAAAGUCAUAGUCUUUGAUCCUGACAUACUCGGACUCGUAAACAUUUAUUAUUUGUUAAAUAAUAAUUUUAACCUAUAAUAUUAAUAAUAUUUUUAACUUUUGUUAAAUAAAUUUUAAAGAAUGUGGUUACGUAGAGGCUAUGAAAUAAAUUCUCAUAAUUUACCAUAUAAAAAUAUUUUACUAUAAUAAAAAAAAAAUAACCAGGACCCAAGGUUUUGAAACUUGAUUAUACUACUCGUAAUAUACUAGUUCAAGUUGCGUCUUAGUCAUCGAUCAUAGAUCGUUAGAUGGGCAGCGACGCGGAAUUGUCAUUGGCUUCGCAAAUACUUACGAAUGAAAAGUAACAACUUUCUCAUUAUUCGUGUUACGGCUUGUGUGAAAAUGAUCGCGAAAGCAUUAUGGUAAACAAGAAAAAAACAGUAAAAUAUUUUUGUAAGUCACAGCAUGCGCUUGUUGCAUACUAAGUUAAGAUGUGCGUGCACGUCUUUGAGUAAUGACAUAACAUUGUGCCGUCUUUGAUAUGGAGGGGCCCAUCUAACGAUUUAUAUCGAUGGUCUUAGUGAUCAAAUUAUACUUUGUAAUUUAUUUGUAUGAUAUUACUACUAUAAAUCAAUAAAAAUAUAUUUUUUAAUCUUUACCAAUAUACUGCCUUAUAUUAUGUAUUAAAACAAUUUGAUAUUUGUAUACAAACAAUUAAUAUAUUUUAUUAAGAAUCUUCAACAAUUGAAAAUUAUUUAUUUAUUAUAUAUAAAAUCUCAUUGCUAAUUUGUAAAAAAAUCAUGAAAGUAUGAAUGAAUUCUUAAAUAGCAUGUAAGUGUUGAUUUUGGAAAACCUUUAAUAAAAGGAAUUUUAAAAAUA